AUGGUGGUGGCGAGGGAGCAGCAUCCGCCGCCGCCGCACGCCGGCGGCGCGCGUCGGCGGGGCGGCGGCGGCGGCGUGAGGGUGGGACCCGCGAGGCUCGAGGGCCUCCCCGCGGCGUGGCCGGGCGCCGCCGCCGUCAAGGUCAAGUGGCCCGCGCCCGGGGGCGCGCUGUCGCAGAUGCUCACGGGGCGGUGGGCGCGCGGGGUCACCGCCGUCGAGGCCGUCGGCGCCGGCGGGACCGUCCGCUGGGAGCCGCGCGACGGCAACCGGUUCAGGCUCGACGUCGUCGACCCCGCCAGCGCCCGUGGCCGGCCGGAGCGCGGGGUCUUCUUCUCCGUCCUCUAUGGAUUCCAAGAACAAGGCCGGGGCAAGGAGCUGGUGAGGCUGGAGGAGAUCGGGACAGCCAUGAUAAGCCUGGAGGAGUGCUGCUGGGAGAUGCAACUGCAGCAGCAACGCCAGCAGCUGGUGGUUGUCCCCAUCAGGGUCAAGAAGGACGGAUGGGCAAGUGAUGCCAUGCUUUAUGUGAACGUGGAGCUCGUGGAUGUGAACACGCGCUCGGACAUCGAAAGGGCAGUUUCGUUUAGGGAGAAGCCGAGAACGAACAUGGCGCCGCAGCCGACAAUGCGAGACAGCCGGAAGAGCUUGGAGGCAGCGACGUACGAUGAUGUUCUCGAUCUGAAGCAGCUGCUUGAUCUGGCUGAGAAGGAAGGCCGGGUGGCAGUGUACGGGAACAAAAGGAACUCAGACACCAGCAGCGUGAGCAGCAUCAGCAGUAGCAGUAGCAGCAGCAGCAUCACGAUUAGCAUCAGCAGUGCUAGCACCAGCGGCGGCGCGAGCCCAGAGCCGGCAUCGACGUCGAAACGCCGGUUCCUGCCAUGGAUGAGGAGGAGCAGAGACUUCGACAAGAGGAGCACCGAGUCGCUCUCCCAAGAACUGCCUAUGAAGUGCAUGGAUGACGAUCCGGCCGGCAGCUGGGAGACGCGCGAGUUCACGAGCAGGGACGCCGAGACGAAGCUCAGGACGCCGGUGUUCUUCGCGUCCAUCGACCAGCGCGACGACAGCGCCGGCGGGGAGAGCGCGUGCACGGCGCUCGUCGCCGUCCUCGCGGCGGCACUCCACGCCAACCACCCGACGAUGCCCACCCGGCCGGAGCUGGACGCGCUCAUCCGGGACGGCUCGUCGGAGUGGAGGAAGCUCUGCGACGACGAGGCGCACAUGGCCCAGUUCCCGAACCGGCACUUCGACCUGGACACCGUCCUCGCGUCCCGGACGCGGCCCAUCGCGGUGCAGCACGACAGGGCCUUCGUCGGCUUCUUCCAGCCAGAGAGCUUCGCGUCGCUGUCCGGCGCCAUGUCGUUCGACGACAUCUGGCGCGAGAUCAGCGGCGGCGAACGCGAGCCGGGCCGCGCCGACGUGUACAUCGUCAGCUGGAACGACCACUUCUUCGUGCUCAAGGUGGAGAGCGACUGCUACCACAUCAUCGACACGCUCGGCGAGAGGCUGUACGAGGGCUGCGACAAGGCCUACAUGCUGAGGUUCGACGGCUCGUCGGAGAUGCUGGCCGAGGGCACACAGGAGGUGAUCGUCACCGGGAAGGAAUGCUGCAGGGAGUUCAUCAAGAGAUUCUUGGCCGCCAUCCCGCUCAGGGAGGAGCUGGAGAUCGAGAAAAGGGGCGCCGGCAGCAUCGACGGUGGUGGCGCGCCGCACCGGCGGCUGCAGAUCGAGUUCCACUUCACAGUCCUACGAGACGACGAUAGAUGA